AUGGCUGGUGGAUCUUUUGCUCCGGCCGGCGUGGCUAAGGAGAGAGCAGGGCAGUAUCAACGGACAGUCACCUGUUAUGUCAUCGUCGCCUGCGUUGUUGCAGCCGUAGGUGGCUCACUGUUUGGUUAUGACAUUGGAAUAUCAGGAGGGGUGACAUCAAUGGAUGGAUUUCUUGAAAAAUUCUUCCCCACAGUUUACAGAAACAAAAAUCGUGCGCAUGAAAACAACUACUGCAAAUACAACAACCAAGGCCUAGCAGCAUUUACAUCUUCUCUCUUNCCCCCGCCUAUAGUGAGUUUGCGUGAGAGAAACGAAGACAUUGUUAUCCCCACUUUAGAUAUGCUAAUUCACGAAAUUCUACAAAAAGGGUAA